AUGUCCGAGGGUCGGGGCGCGCCCGACAGCGCCCAGGACCCCGCGUCCUACCCGCCGCCCCCGCGCUCCCCGGGCCCCCGGCGGAGCGCCGCGCGCAGCAGCGUCCCGCAGAAGGUGGCCGAGGCGCUGAGCAGCCAGUACGGGCUGAACGUGUUCGUGGCGGGGCUGCUGUUCCUGCUGGCCUGGGCCGUCCACGCGGCGGGCGUGGGCAAGCGCCACCUGCUGAGCCUGCUCACCGUGCUCAUGCUCCUGCAGCUGCUCUGGAUGCUGUGGUACGUGGGCCGCAGCUACGCACAGCGCCGCCUCAUCCGGCCCAAGGACGCGCACGCCGGGGCGCGCUGGCUCCGCGGUAGUGUCACCUUGUUUGCAGUCAUUACCAUCAUCCUAGGAUGCUUCAAAGUUGGCUACUUCAUUGGAUUUUCUGAGUGUCUGUCGGCCGCCGAAGGAGUGUUCCCGGUCACCCACGCACUGCACACGCUGCUGCAGGUGUAUUUUCUGUGGGGCCACGCAAAGGACAUUAUCCAGUCUUUCAAAACACUGGAAAGGUUUGGGGUGAUCCACUCAGUGUUCACCAAUCUGCUGCUGUGGGCCAACAGCGUCCUGAAUGAGUCAAAGCACCAGCUGAAUGAGCACAAGGCACGGCUGAUCACGCUGGGCUUCAGGAACAUCACGAUGGAGCUGGACGACCAUUCUCCGCCGUGCAACUGCUCGCCCACGCGCCUGUGCACCGCCCUGAUGCAGGGCAUGUACUACCUGUACCCGUUCACCAUCGAGUACCAGAUCCUGGCGUCCACCAUGCUCUUCGUGCUCUGGAAGAACAUAGGGCGCAGCGUGGACGGCGGGCGGCCCCCGCGCGCUGGGCUGCGGCUCCGCGGCGUCCUGGCGGGCUCGGCGCUGGGCCUGGGCGCGCUGGCGGCCACCCUGGGCGUGGUGGCCGUGUACCUGGUGCACAUCGGCCGCUCCAAGGCCAAGAGUGAGGCGGCGCUGGCCAUGUUCUACCUGUACGCCAUCGCCCUGCUGCUGCUCAUGGGCGCCGCGGGGCUGCUGGGCAUCCGCAUCUACAGGGUCGACGAGAAGUCCCUGGACCAGUCCAAAAACCCGGCUCGCAAGCUGGACGCCGACCUGCUGGUGGGCUCGGCCUCCGGCUCCUGGCUCCUCUCCUGGGGCUCCAUCCUGGCCAUCGCCUGUGCCGAGACCCGGCCGCCCUACACCUGGUACAACCUGCCCUACUCGGUGCUGGCGAUCGCAGAAAAAUACAUCCAGAACCUGUUCAUCAUCGAGUCCGUGCACCGCGAGCCCGAGGGCCUCCCCGAGGACGUCUGCACGCUGCGCGUGGUCACGGUCUGCAACGGGGCCGCCCCCGCGUGCUCCCGCCCCGGGGACGCGGGGGCGGCCCUGGACGCCAAGGGGAGUCCGCGCCCACAGCCAGGCCGAGGUGAAGCGCAGCAGGAGGCUGCGAGGAGGGAGCGGGGCGGCCCGAGUUCCGCCCGCCCGGCGCAGUUCUUGGAGGGCAGCGCCAAGAAAAGAGUCCUGAGGAACAUCACGGCGUUUCUGUUCCUCUGCAACAUUUCGCUGUGGAUCCCGCCUGCCUUUGGCUGCCGUCCCGAGUAUGACAAUGGGUUGGAGGAGGUCGUCUUUGGCUUUGAACCCUGGAUAAUUGUGGUCAACCUGGCCAUGCCCUUUUCUGUUUUCUACCGGAUGCACGCAGCCGCCUCUCUCUUUGAGGUCUAUUGUAAGAUAUAGACUGGGUCCACAGAAGACAGACAAGCCGGCCAGCAAGGGAGCUCCCUGGAGCCCUGGGAGUGGCUUCGCUGGGCAAACACCACCUGACAAAGGCGAGGCACCUUUUGUCUGCAUUGGGUGUGUCCGAGGGCUGCCCCCAUCCACGCAGGCCACAGGCAGCAGAGUCCACCAGGGGGCUACAAUCUGUCCUCGUUUGCCAGUUCUUAUCAAAGCCAAACAAUUUUACCUCCCUCCAAAUGAGACUCUUUGUUUUAGAAGAAUAUGAUCCAAGGUUGGGCAAAAAUUUCUCCAGUUUGUUUUUCUAACAAAGCACUUUCUGUUUGUCGUUUAUCCCGUGACAAUCAUUUUUUUCUGACCAUCUGCAUACAAUGAAUUAAAGUUGAUGAAUGGAGACAAACACGUAGUUUAUAUUUGAGCUUCUGAGUAGGUUUAA